CCAUUCUGCAAGAUUCACCCAUAUUUAAUCCAUAAUGCUCUCACAGAUGGAGUGAGGUUUUUGCCCAAAAUCUCACCACAUAGCCUCAUUCAUCCUUUCCCUAGUGUAGAUUAGUAGAUCUGUCUCCAAAACAAUCAGCCUCAAAGCAUGAUGCGUCCAUCCCCAUGCUUCAGAGGAUAUGACCUUCUUGGGGCACAUCUCUAUAUUCUUCCACUUCCAAACCCAGUAAUUUUUAUUCCCAGCAGACAGGGAGCCACCAUGCUGAGGCUGUGCUCAGCCCUGCCAGCUCUCCUUUGGGCCUCGCUUUCUGUCCUUUCGGCAGCCUCCAAAAUCUGUGAGCCUGCCCCCUACUGGGACAUCGCAGGACAAGUACCAAUGCAAGAACAGCUGGGAAAUGUGGUGGUGGUGGCUCUUUUGAAGGCUACCUGACAGUUCUGCCUCACGCAGGCGUCCAAAAUUGGAAGCCUGCGUGACAAACUGAUCAAGAAGAACGUAACAGGAGUUUCUUUCAUGAUAGUAAACGAGCUUGAAGCCCAUUCCCUAGCCAUGUACUGGAAGCUAAAGAAGAAAGCGCCACCUGGAGUCCCGGUGUAUCAGCAGUCCCCUCUUCAAACGGAUGUUUGGGAGAUUCUGGAUGGGGACAAAGAUGACUUUUUGAUCUACGACAGAUGUGGAUUGCUCACAUUCCAUAUUGAGCUGCCAAAUAGUUUCCUGAGGUAUCCUAAUGUAGAGAAUGGAAUUCUAACUACUUAUACUCAAGACAUCUGCAACUGCUCUGCUAAUUCUACUUUAUCCGGAGAUGGAAGCACUUUCACGAGGAAUUACUCUCUGCCGAACAAUGGAAGACCGGAGAAUGAUUCCGUGGUUGAGACUACACUUUUGAAGACCAGUCAGAAUGAUAGUCAUCAUCAGCAUAGCCAUCAUCAUCCUCAUCAUCAGCAUGGUCAUCAUCAUCCUCAUCAUCAGCAUAGCCAUCGUCCUCAUCUUCAUCGUCAACAUCAUUCCCACCACCAGAAUGAUGAUAGUUAAUACUUACGAUUAACUGGGUUGAAUUUUGUACUUGUUUAAAACCCUACAUUUAGUGUGAAGUAAUAACAUUCUUUGAGGAUCUGAAUAUAUUUUUAUACAUAAAUUGUGAUAGCAUUUUCAGGCUCUAAUGGGAUAAAGUGCACAGAUCUCCUCAUCCUCUUCCGUAAAUGAAGUCCACGGGGAAAAACCUGCCUGCAGGAGGCUGUGGAUGGAUGGACAGGAAGUGGUUUGAGUUCUGGUCACUCACACAAAAGCAGAGGAAAGUGUGAAAUUCUGUUUAGUGUUUUAUUAACUUUAACAGGAGGGUUCUUAUACUAAUUCACUUAAUUUUUUUGGCUACAUGUUCAUUUGUCAGAUUGUACCCUGAGUACUAUGACAGGUGAUGUUUGACACUUUUAUUACACACUUAGUUAUUUAGUGCUGUUAUGCUAUACAUUUUUUGUGAUUAAUUAAUUUUCACCUGUAAUUAAUUAAUCUAUUUUUAAUCUAAUCCAAUAUUCGUUGUGAUGAACCUCAUCUUGAGGUAUUUCUGUCUAGAUUUGUGACUUUGUGGAACAGUAAAAGAUCAAAUGACAACUGCUUCCAACGUUUACUUUUACACCACCAAGGGGUAUUUUUUUCAAUCUCUAUCAAUUAUGAAAAUAAAUAAAAAACAUUGGGUCCAGAGUCCUCUAAUUAAAUAUAUUGAAAAACAGUAGUAAAUUUUUUGAGCAAUCCUGAAAAGCAUCAACCAUUACCAUUUUAUUAAAACUAUAAUACAUAUACGUUUUUCCACAUAAGUAAUAAGUCGAGUUUGAAUGUAAAAAUCAUUUGACAACCCUAUUUUUGUUUGUUUGUUUUUCAGUUUAGAUCGUUCAAACCAGCCUGUUUUCUCUGUCAUUUCCCUUUAAUGAAUGAGUUUAUAUUCUAUACUUUUAUAAGUUUUUUCACAUUUUAUUACAACAGCAAGACAGUAAUAAAAAGUAAACAGGGAUUUUAUAUUUUCCUUUAACCGGUUUGGUGAAUUUGAUCAUUUUGAAGACUGGGAUACAGCAGAAGAGAAUAUAACUGACACCAGAGGAUUUGAACCAUUUAGACUUUGUAUAUUUGUUGUGACUGGGCAAAAGCAGGCACCAAGAGGUGAACUGUCCCUCUGAAAUGAUGCUUUGUUCAAUUGUUUAAUUGAUUUUUUUUGUAUAAGUGACCAUAACAUAAGUGAAUUAAUUACCUUUGAGAUGUUGAUUUUUAGAAAUGAAUGCAAUUUGUGUUAGAAA